UGGCUUGGGUAAGGGGCGUGGCUUGGGUCAGGUGACCUCCCAACAUGUCAAUGCUGGCGAUGCGGGGAAGGCAUUUCAGGGGGGUUGGACUUGAUGGCCCUUGGGGGUCUCUCAGCAUGUCCACGGCCCAGGCCCUUCCUCCCGCCUUCUCUCGUUGGUACCCUUACCAACAGCCCUGCAAGCUUUCGGUGGACGUGUAACACGAACAUCUUUGUGGAUGAGCAGUAACGAUUCCAAUUCAUUCCCAUAAGCCAUGGCCUACCAGCUGUACAGAAACACCACGCUGGGGAACAGUCUUCAGGAAAGCCUGGACGAGCUCAUACAGUCUCAGCAGAUCACCCCCCAGCUUGCCCUUCAAGUGCUUCUUCAGUUUGACAAGGCGAUCAAUUCUGCGUUGGCACAGCGGGUCAGAAACAGAGUCAAUUUCAGGGGCUCCCUGAACACGUACAGAUUCUGCGACAACGUCUGGACGUUCGUGCUGAACGACGUUGAGUUCAGAGAAGUCACUGAACUUGUGAAAGUGGAUAAAGUGAAGAUUGUAGCCUGUGAUGGGAAAAAUACUGGUUCCAACGCGGCCGAGUGACGGGGAAAACAGCCUUCCGUUCCAGCAUUGUCUUGUUGGGCCGCGCUUCUUGGAAACGCACACGCCCCAGGGACUGUAACAGUGACACUUUUAAUGACGGCAGACAUGAGUAAUCCGUGCGGGAGCGCCUCGUCGAACUGUGGCAGCAAGAUCCCCGUAGCGUGUCUUCUUUGAGUUCACUCCUAGGGCACAAUGACGACAAAUCUUUGCUUUUUUUUAACAAAAGGAAAAGGAUGACAUUUGCUUUUCAGUUCAUCAAGGUAACUUCUCCAAUAAACCUUUUAUUUAAAA